CAUUUAUGGGAAAUUAACCGAUUCCGUCCAAGGCUCAUACGCUUCUUUCCCCUCUGUCACUCAGCUUUACUGAGUUUAGUACUCCGUACAAACCUUUGCCUUCAUCUUUCUCGUAGAUCCGAACUAGAAACCAAAUUGCAGAGUAGAAAGUAGCUGUCAAAUGCCCCCUCUCUCUGUCUUUAUAUCUGUCUAAAAAGCUAAGGGGCACUCGUUGACAAUAAACAAGUUGAUAGUGUUUAUCCAAUUGCUGUAGUUUGGAGCUGAGAUUUUCUAUUGUGUGGUCACUCUGCUGAUUUCUUCAGACCUCAGUCUCUUACCCACAUCCAGGGAGGGGAUAUUGAGAUAUAGUUCUUGUCUCUCGUCAUGUACAAGCAGUCGCCUAGUGGGAGGAUGAAUAGAUCGAGAGGAUUUAAGGUGAAGAACAUUCUGCAAAUCUGUGUGUUGCUCGCGGUUUGCCUUUGGCUGGUUUACCAAGUGAAACAGUCCCACGAGAAGAAGAAACAGUUUGAAGGGAACGAGUCGAGUUUGUCUCAGAAAACAGGAAGCAGCGAUGGCGGUCCAAAUUUAGGACGAAAAUACCUCCCCGACUCGAAGGGAAUAGCUAAUAGUGAUGAGGAGCGUGGCAUGGAAGUGGAAGAAGAUGAGCUAGAGCAAGACAACAACUCUGAGCGGAAGAACGAUGAAGGUAGAGGAGGUGGAGAUGACGAUUUAGAAGAACGUGAUCGGGAGAAAAAUGACGUUGAGGUUGAGCGAGAAGACGAAGCGGUAGGUGAGGAAAGAGAUUCUGAUGACAAUAACGGUGAAGGGCAGGACGAGAAUUCCGAGGACAAUGAAAACGAUGAGGAUUCGGGGAGUAAGCACGAGGCACAAGAGGUACUAUAUAAAGCAGACGAUGCUUCAAGUGCAGUAACUCAUGACACGCAAGAGGUCACCACUGAAAACGAGAACAGUAGCACGGAGGAAGUAAGCGAGAAUUCUGAGGUAAAUGUUCUGGAACAGGCAGGCGAAGUCAAUAACGACAAGGAAAUUAGCGAUGGUCAAGACACGACACCCGUGCAAGAUCAUACAACAGGCCACGAAGAAUCUCAGGGUACUUCAUCCACCAAUGUAACUAGUAUUGAAGGGCUAAAUGGUCAUCCCGUGGAAAGAAAUUUGACAGAGAAGACCGGGGAGGCAAAUGAUUUACCCAUCGAGAAAAGAGCACAGUCAAAUUUGGAUUCUACUCAGUACAACAAUGUUACUUCGAGUGAUAAAACUGCCGGGGAAGGCUCUAACUUGGGAAACACAACUUUGGAGCAAAACGAUGAUUCUAAUUUAACAACUUUAAAAAACGAGGAUGCAGAAUCAACCCAAUCAGAUUCCUCAGCUGAAUCUAAUCACUCAAAAUCUUCUGUAUCGGUACAUGGUCAUCCUCGGUUCACAAUAGAGGAUGACCGAUGGUCCACAACAAUAGAUUCCUUCGAUGCUACUGAUGCUGAGAAAUCUGGAACUGUCGAUGAAACAGGCAGUGUAGACGAACAGUUCGAGUCCUUCAAUACUGAGAACAUAGGUGAAAUCGAAGAUCUGAUUGACUCCUCCGAUUCAUCGUUUUCCCUGGAUGAGAAAGAUGUACGCAAUGAUCUCGAAACUCUUCCAGAAAUACAAACCGAAGGAAGUAACACCGAAGAUCUUGCAGCAAAAUGAAACUGUAUAAUAUACCCGGCACGUACUGAAUACUUCUACUGCAGCUCAAAUUAUUAUUAUAAUUCCUUUCUUCUUUUUUGUUUAAUUCACUCUUUAGUUUAUGAAUCUGCAAAAAGUUCUAUGAAUGCUUUCAAUUACAACUUUGUGGGCAAAAUGCAGGCAAAGUUGGGUUCUGUAUAAUCAACUCUUGUAUAUCAAAUUGUGGUUUUGUUGUUCUUAAUCUGUUUAUGAUUUUCUGAA